UGGAAGGCGCUUGUGGGCUCGCUGGGGGGUCCGUCACGAUGACGUGCCCAGUUUCCAUAUCAGCAGAGAUGUUUCAGAGUGGACUAAAAGAAUGAUUGGUCACCUAAAGACAUCCGUGAAGAAACUCGUCACUUGUGACGUCACAAUGGAACUUCCAUUAGGACCAGACUACGUUGAGGCAUUCGAUGUCGUAUUUACCAGUUUCUGUCUUGCUGCUGCUGCAAAAAGUGUCGCUGAAUACAAACAGUUCUUGAAAAAUGUGGCCUCCCUUCUUCCCUCUGGUGGUCAUCUUGUCAUGCGCGAUGUAAAGAACAAAACGGCUUAUACAGUUGAUAACAGAAUCUUCCACUAUCUUUCAUUUUCGACGUCUGAUGUAAUAGAUGCCUUAUGCAAUGCCCAGUUUGAGGUUCUGGAAUAUAAAUCUGAUACCUUCUCCAUGCCCCAGUUUGACCCUCCUGAAUUUGAAGUCUUUGUAUUGUUGGCAAGAAAGAUAUAACGUUAUAAUCUUCAGCUUCAUUUUGCAAUAAUCACGGGCCAGUGUCAUUGGCUUCAUUCACUGACCAAAAUGAUCGCUGAUGCUUAUUGCAUAUACUGAACUCGGUCAUACUUUUUCCUUUCCUUGGUGAAACUUUUGCACAUUUUUUCAUCGUUUUAGGUAAAUGAUUGACUUGAA